CUCUUCCCCUUCCUCCCCAUGGCGCCGCCCUACUCUUCCCCUUCCUCCCCAUGGCGCUGCCCUACCCUUCCCCUUCCUCCCCAUGGCGCUGCCCUACCCUUCCCCUUCCUCCCCAUGGCGCCACCUCUCUCCUGCCCUUCUUCAUAUGGCGUCGCCCUUCUCCUCCACUUCCUCCCCAUAGUCGAUGUUGCUGAUGUGGAUGGUGGGGCCAAGGACGAUGGACUGGCUGGUGUCCAGGGCGGCAUGUGCGGUGUGGCCAAGAACGACGGCCAGCACACCACGGCAUCCUCCCCAAUCGUCACGCUGCUCCCUCCCCUACCAGAUCCAAUCUCGGGUCAACGCCAUCAUACGAGACCAAAAAUGGUUGUAGAAGGAGAUGCAGCUCCUACAAGGAGAGGUUAGGGGGUGGGGGAGCUGCUGUAAAUUUUUGCCCAUAAUUCUCAGCUGCAAAGUCACAUAUACUAUUGUGUGGAAAGAUCAAAGGAAGAAAACACAUGCAGAAUAGAUUUUUGUCUAGUUCGUAGUUAUGCUUCACAGUACCUACAACAUACUUUUCUCUUUAUUUUUUUCCUUUUU